AUGGGUCUCCACUCAAAGUACCCCACCUCCCCGCCGGGGAGGCAUGCCAUUGAGGAGACGCCCUCGCACUCGUCGCGUCCCAUCGAUCAGCACAUGGGCUUCUUCAUGGCAACUCGCAGCGACUCGCAAUCGUGCACGGCGCCGACCGAAUCCGACUCGGCCGACUCCCUGUGCCACAGUUCCGAUGAGGAAUGCCAAAGCCCGACCACCGGCGGGGGGGACUUCUAUGACCUGAGCCUCAUCAGCACGGCCGAGUUGGAGCAGCCGUUCGCCAUGCGGACGGCCUCCCAGUCGGCUGGCCCGAGCAGCCCCUUUUACCGGCAGUCACCAUGGCCAGCGGCACCGAUGGAGCAGCAGCAGCAACAGCAGCAGCAACAACAACAACAACACCAACAGCCCCAGCACCCGGGGGGCUCGACUCGGCCGGGCCUCGGCCCAGCGACCGACCAGCCGGGGAAGGCUCAAGCCGCGGGCGGCGGGGGGCCGUCCAUGGUGGCCUCUUCGGCCGGCCAGCCGGCCGAGCCUCCCACCGAGGCGGCCUCAAUCCGGCGACGCUUCCUGGCCUUGCACAUUGACGAGGCGCUGGAGCUGUCGCGCCUUGCUGACCUGGAGCUAUCGCCCCCGGGCAUGAGCGGCUCCGGCAAGAAGGAGCCCGGCUGCCCGCCGGGCGGUUCGUCCUCCAGCGGAGCCGGGCCCGCCAGCAAUGGGUCCUCAUCCGGGGGGAUCCCCCUGUAUGCGGGAGCCGCCUCGGAGGAUUUCCCCCCGACGGUGGUCGGCCGCGAGGCCAUCUACCCGGCGGGCCUGCUCUCGGGCCUGCCCCCGAUGGGGCCCACCCGCGGGCGGGGGGCUUUUGCCCCGGCAUCGCGCCCGCGCGUGUCCAUCCCCGCCGGGGCCGGGGCCCUGGCCCCGGGGCUUUUGGCUCUGGGCGGGGAGCUGACACCGACGCUCUCCGACGCCGAGGCAUACUCGUGCUACUCUUCGGAGGAUGUGGCCACCACCUCGCCGUACGGCAUCUCGCCCCUCUACAGCCCGGUGGCUCCGGUGGCCGGGGGCAGUGGCUACGAGCUGCCGGUGGCCAGCACCGGCGGACGCCCGCCCAUGCACCGCAGUGCCCCCGGGCGCCUGAGCCAGUCCCUGGGGAUGAUUCUCCCUGGCGGCCGGGCCGCAGAUGCCUCCAAGCCGACGGCCGACGGCCCCCAGGGCACCCUGGCCACGGAUCCCCUGGGCCCGGGCUGGGGGACCCUCGCCAAGGGCCUUGUCCCCGGCUCGCCACUGGCGGCCGGCUCGGCCCCGGGCCAGUGCUCGCAAGUGCCGCCCAGCACCACCACCACCACCACCACCAGCACCGCCGUCGCUGCUGCUGCUGCUGCUGCUGCUGCUACUACGGCCACACUCGCCAGUCCCGCCGAGGACCAUGGCAACCGGGCCUCCCUCCGGCGCCUGAUGGAUCUGGCCCCGGCCGGGGUGCGCCUGAGCCCGCACCGGUGCGACAUGGCCAUCGGCAGCGGCGCCCCGGAGGGGAUGCUCCUGCCGGCAUUCAGCAGCCCGGACAUGCUUCCGGAGGAGGCACGCACCGGUCGCCCUGCCACUGGCGCCGGGGCCACCCCCGGGCCGCUGCUGUGGCCGGGUGCCCCGCCGCUGGCCGCCCUGUCGCCGGUGGUGACCGCCAUCCAUGACGCGGCCACCAUGACGCGCAAGCGCUCCCACCAACUGGCCAAGGAUUGCUCUCCGGCGGUGGUUCUGCUUGCCGACCCCCGGUGGUCGGGGCGUCUCGCGGCCGGGUCAGGUGUCAACAGCCGCGCCGCGCCGCUGGCCCGCUUCGACAUCGACGAGGCGUGCGACUCGGCAGGCGUCGCCCGGCCCGCCAAGCGCCUCAAGCACACCCCCCCGACCGGGCGCUCGGGAUAA